CACCAUGCAUUUAAAUCCCCCACUUUCAGUUCCUCACUUAAUGCAUAAUAUUCACUGCAAACAACUAGCUAAGCCAUUCAGUCCAACAUGGAGAGAUCACACCCCAAACCUGCAUUAAAGACAAAAGAUCAGGUGAAAGACAAAUAUUCCAAAGUUACACCCAAGCCUGCAGCCAAGGAAAAUACUAAAACUCAAGAGUUCAAGCUUCACACUGGACAAAGAGCCGUUAAGCGUGCUAUGUUCAAUUACUCGGUGGCGACCAAGUUUUAUCUCUUGGAAAUACAGAAGAAACAAGUUGAGAAAGUGCAAAAGAUGAUUGAAGAUGAAGAGAUACGUUGUUUAAGAAAGGAGAUGGUUCCAAAAGCUCAACUCAUGCCUUUCUUCGACAGACCCUUUUUCCCUCAAAGAUCGAACCGGCCUUUAACGAUCCCGAGAGAACCAAGUUUCCGCACAGUGAAUUCUAAAUGUUGGAGUUGCAUAUCGGAGAAUGAGCUCUAUUAUUUUCACCAUGCUCAUGCUUGGAACCCCAUCAAAUGAACACACAGUUACUAAAGGUUGCAUACUGUACUCAAAUCAAUGUGAUUGAUGGGCUACGUGCGUGCGUGCGUGCAUGCAUGCAUGAAUGAUCCAUGUACAAUAUAUCAACAUAUGUAGUUGUAGGAUGUUCCAUUGUAUCUCAUCUCAUCUCUUUUGUCAUUGUCUUUUGUGUUUUAUCGGCUUAGACAGUGUAAGGAGAUACAACCCCUUUCCACUAGUCAUUUAGUUUCAAAAUAAAGACGUGAUUGUAUCUACUUUUUAAUUUUUGGCAUCAAAAAAUCAUAAUUUUCCAUUUAA